AUGCAGGACAUUCGGAUGGCCUCCAUUGUGAUGGCCUGCUUUGCGCUGUUCCCAAGCCUCACCAAUGCUUUCUGGCGUCUUCCUUGCCGUGGAAGAACUGGUCUCGCCCGGCUGGACCCCCUUGUGGAUCCGGGUACGGUCUCAUCUCAUGCCCACGCGGUUCAUGGAGGUGGAAGCUUUGGCAUGAGCUCGGAUGAGGCCUCGCUCCUCGAGUCUGAUUGCACCUCGUGCGCAGUGACUCAAGACAAGUCUGCUUACUGGGUUCCUGCUUUGUACUUCAUGCACACCAAUGGCAGCGCCGAGGUGGUGGAUGAGGUUGGAGGCAUGCUUGCCUAUUACCUUCUGUACGGAGAGAAUGUCACUGCUUUCCCAAGUAACUUCCGCAUGCUGGCAGGCGACCCAUACCAGCGCAAUUUCACCUGGCCAGUUCCCGACCCUCCCAAGUCCGAUUGGAGUGGUGCUCAGGCCUCACAGGCUGCUUUGCGCCAGAAGGCCCUUGGUUUCAACUGCCUGGACUACUCGGCAACCGCUGAAGCCUCCCUUUACCGCCACUUCUUGCCCAACAAGACCUACCUCGAUGAGCAUUGCACUGACGGAGUCCGCUUCGAGUUGAUGUUCCCCUCUUGCUGGAAUGGCAAGGAUGUCGACUCCACUGACCACAAAUCUCAUGUCGCAUACCCGUCGCUCGUCAUGGAUGGUACCUGCCCUGAGGGUUUCGAAACUCGCCUGGUCUCACUCUUCUACGAGACUAUCUGGAACACCUACGCAUUCAAGGACGUCGAUGGAUAUUUCGCGCUCGCCAACGGUGAUCCCACUGGAUACGGAUACCACGGUGAUUUCAUGCAGGCCUGGGAUGAUGGCAUUCUCCAGCAGGCCAUUGAUACCUGCACAAGCGAGUCAGGUAUCGUUACCGACUGUGAGAUCUUCGACGUUCAGACCGAAGACGAACAGCGUCAAUGCCAGUUCCCCGUCCCGUCCGUGAUCAAAAACGAAAAUUGUGAACUGCACGAGGACGGAUUGCCUGGCGGUAUGGCUAUCCAGUGGGGCCCUGAGUAUGCCACGAUGAAAUCUGCUGCAACUACGACCACGUCCAGUGUGGUUUCAGUUCCCACCAUUUCAAUCCCGACUAGCUCACUCCCCACAGUUUCCGUUGGUGGUAUUUCGAUCGAUCCCAACACCUUGCUUGAGAACCUCCACGUGACCAGCGCUGCCGAAGCUACUACUUCUUUCACUUCUACUUCGACUCCCUCGCCAACCCCGACCGCCAUCACAUCUACCAUCAUCGAUCCUAUCACCGAAGAGAUCAUCUAUCUCGAACGUGAUGUUUACGUCAUCUGUGAUGGCAACGGUGUCGUGUACUCGACCAGCACUGGAGCCGUCCGGACUGUCUCUACUUCGUUGACCACCAUCGUGGAGACCUCCACGGCCGUUUCCUACGCGAAGAAGGACACUGUCCCGGAAGCCGUGGAGCCGGUACAGGCUGCCGGCCACGCUCGCAGACAUCUCCACCACCGCCACGGUCACGGCCACAACUCGGUUUAA